UAGGGGAGAGUGCAUGUUAGCAGAGUACUUGAAGACCAUCUUGGGAGGAGGCUAGUCCUUGAAUCUUUCGUCUUGACAUCAGCAGCAUCCUCAAAAUGGCAACCCCUCCUCUGUCUAUUUUCCUCUUGUUUGCUCUCUUGACAUGGAGCUUGGCAGAUCCUAUGACUUCUGAAGCCACCACGGGUGAUGCUAGCAGCACUAUGUUAGCAAUUAACACAACUGAAGAUACAGCUGAUAUGAUUGAUAUCACAGCAUUAGAAAUCGCAACAACUUUUGAUGACACAGCCAUUACAACAAUCUCAUCUGAAAACACCACAGUGGAAAUGACCACAUCAGUGAUGACAUCUCAAGAGGUUACAACUACUGGGGUUGACAUGACCACCAUGCCAGCAACCACUUUUACUCCAACUACCACAAGAACAGCUAGCACAACUAGGCCUACAAUGGUGACAAGAACUCCAGAUGCUGAUCAGAAUGAUAUAGUCGUCAUCCGAAAAGGAGAGGUUCUUAUCCUUGAUUGCUAUUUGGAGGAAGAUAAUGGAGUGCGGGAGGAGACUUACUGGCUUUUUGAUGGUACACGUAGGUUUAACGGCUCGAGGUUAAGCAUUCCCAACCUGAAUCACACUCACCAUGGACGUGUCAUUGAAUGCGUAAAUAAGACAACUGUGGUGCAAAGAAGGACCAUUCAUUAUCACCAUGUAAAUGUCUUGGCAGUUAAUGAAACUCUGAAGCUGAAUUGUACAUUCGAUCCCACCGCUGCCACCAAUGUCCAAUGGAAACACAGUGUCAACGGCCCUAAAUCAGACUGGAACAUCACUAAACUUGAUAAUGUCACAUCACAGUUGAUAAUACAUGAAGUGACACUAAACGAUACUGGAGUAUACAAAUGCUUGUCCUCACAAGGAGACGUCCUUAAGGUUUUUAACAUCUCAAUAGGAUUUAAACCACGGGUGCCCAAUUUUGUAUGUUCUGGAUGCAACACGUAUGAAUACAGAUGCGAAUGGCCAGAGGUUUUUGACACUCAUUUGCCAACUGAGGUCACCUUUGAAUAUAAAAAUUACAAUCUGCUCUAUCCUAAAUGGUAUGAAUGUGAAAUUGAUGGAAAUGGAUGUGAUGUCCAUACGGCUGGUGACCAUUCUCUCAGAUUGACCAUCACUAAUGAUUUAGCAAGAGUGACGAGCUACGGCGAGUAUAACAAAUUCCUACAUGCCAGGUUUCCUGCACCCCGUAUUAUCAGGAUCGCCUCAUUCACCAAUAAAUUGGAUGUUUAUUGGACGCUAUCUGACUGCGGUAUUCAUAGAUUAACUUCAUAUGGAUUUAUAUUCAGUUAUGAAAAUCCCUCCACAGGGCAAAUACAGAAUAUAACAUUGACAUCGACUGAUGAUAAGCCCAAUCCGAAAGUAUUAGGGAGUAUGACAAGCAAUACAAAAUACUGUAUCAGUAUGGUUGCUUUUGUAAAAAAAUUUGGAAGUCCAAUGAACCUAGGAGACUGGUCUGAUAAAGUGUGUAACAGAACUUUGCCAACAGCACCAGAUGUGAUACUGAAUAUUGCAAAAAAUUACACCAGUGUUCAAAAUGAAGAAAGACUGGAUGAGAGAGAUGUCACUAUCACAUGGAGUGUUAAUCAAAAUAAAAACAGCGAGCAGCCUUUCCAGGGAAUAAGUUCUUUUAAAAUUGAAGUGAGCCUGGAUGAUGAGACCCAAAAUGGAACCAACGCUUCUGUGUUUACCUAUAACAUUGAUGAUCGAUAUCUUUACCUUCUGCCUGAAGACAGGUUCAACUACACUAUUAAAGGCCUUUCCAAGCAUGAGAACUACACAAUCUCUGUUACAGCAGUCAAUUCCAAUGGAUAUUCAAACCCGCAGGAAAUUAAAGUGUCUGCUUUACAGGAGAAAUCUGUGAAAAUCUCAGGAGGUCUUGUUGCUGGGUUAUGCAUUCUCGUCAUCUUUCUCAUCAUGGCCCUUCUUGCAUUUGGAUUCCAGAGACUGAAGAACAAUUCAAAACCUAUGCCAGCGCCUGUAUAUCAUGGAAAUCUGGGCAACAUACAGCCGACUACCAUCGAGAAUGAGGUAUUUGAUGAACUCCCAUCAGUGUUAAAGGAGUCCCAGAGACGGCUUCUGAUGAGCAUGUCUAUAGAGUCCGAAGACUCUCAACUGGAAGACAAAGGCUACAGAACUUCCAGCACAGGCAGCAGUGCUUCAAGGGGAGGUACCUACCCUCCUGGCACACACAGUGGGAUGGUUGAAAAAGUUCCCCUUCUGGAGAUACCAUGCAUCAGUGGAAAUACCGACAAGAAUCACCCAUAUUCCGUACUGUCUCAACUGAUGCCUUCCCGACCCCCUAUUCAGAUGGCACCUGAUGCUGUGGAAACAGACUUGGAUUCUUUGUCGCCAGUAGGUGGACAUUACUCUUUCUCUGAAGAGGGUCUGUCAUUGGGAGGAUCCUCUGACUACAACCAGCUAGAGAGCACCAGGGAUACGUCCUUUCCAAAUCCUUACUACGCUAUGGUUGGUAUGGUUCCUGUGAGAAUUGCAGAUUCACCCAGAGAUUCGGGAUAUGCAUCCGUUAGAAUUCGGAAAUGCUCCUCAGUUGGAUGCGAUGACUGCGCUGAUGAUGAGAUUAGUCAACCUCCAACCCCAGCCCUACCUAAUUGUUCGUAUUUUUCCUCCCUUUCUGAUCGUUCCAAAUCAGCAGGCCAACAUCCUUCCUUGGCACACUCUGAUCCCUGCACAGGUUUGCCAAUGUCUGAGAACCUAACAACGAUUGUAGAAGGUCCAGACCAGUAUGUUCUCCCGUCUGGAUCUGAAUCCAAAUCCCCUGACGCUUGUAACUCUGGUUACGUGGCUCAUGAUGAUGUAUUUUUGGGAAAGCCAGCUAUCACACAACAUGAAUCAUGUCAUAACGAUGACCCUUCUUCUUCUUCACAGUCAUCCCCAGAACAUGCUGUCAUCAUCCACCCCAAACCCCUUGAGAAUAUUAAAUCUCCACAUGAAUGCAUAGAUGACGAAUUCGUUUCAGAUUUAACCAAUGCCCCAGUAAACAUCGGAAGUGGUCCAUCGUCAGCGGCAAUUGAUAAUCUUGUCUCAUGUGGAGCCAGGAGUAACUCAAAGACACCUUCGGAUAAUGGGUUUGUUGACUGUCCACCCACCUCUGCCUCACCCAGAAUCAGACCAAAUGGCAACACUGGGUAUGUCACUGCUGAGGAGCUAACACCACUCCAGAUGUCUUCUGCCGCUGGAGACACCCAUCAGUCUAAACAACCCAUGCAGAAUCCUACAGUUGAGAUGGUUCGCCCUGUUCCCUCACUGAAUGGAAACUUUGGGUAUGUCCAGGCUGAGCAACUCUUGCCACUCAAAUUGUCUUCUGCUGCUGAAGACACCCAUCGGCCUAACCAGCCCUUGCAGAAUCCUAUAGGUAGGACAGUUCUUCCUACACCCUUUCAAAAUGCAAGUGGGUAUGUAGGCCUACCAAUCUCCAGGAAAAAUCCAUCAGGGUACAUAUCAGUGGAUGACUUAUCCAGUACUAAUCUAGGACUUUAGCAAUCUCCAUUGGCCCUGAUCCUGUACUUGGAUUUAAUUUAAGCUCUGGUCUAAAGUUACGGUAAUGGAAAGCCCAUUGUGACACUUAUCUCUAACAGUGUAGCUCAUUUGACACUCUUUUAGAACCGACGGGCAAUCAUUUCUGAAACAGUUCUCUUCAUCAUUAAACCAUGAGCCAAGAACCAAGUAAAGAUAAGAAACACAUGAUGUAAAAAAUAAUUUUGAAUCUUUUGGGCUUUCCAUACUUCAAGAAUGUUGGAUCUUUUCCUUACUUUAACUGUUCAUCAGAACACGGGCCUUUGACAUUGUAUUUUAAACAGAGAUGCCAUCGUUCAGGGCUUUGCUUAUUUUCAUGCUCUUAAGGCCACC